UAACUUCCUCGAACCUUAGCUAAACAAUAUUCUUUAUCAAAAACCUCUGUUUAUCUACCAAAUAGCUCGAGUCAAAACUGAUGACCGUUUCUAAACUCCUGAAUUUCGAAAUGUUUUUUUAAAGGGUCUUUUGUGGGUAUUGUAGAUUUGGUGGUAUUUUUAUGAUCAUAGCUUGUGAUAUUUUCUCCCUGUGCACGGCGACACCCCCCUUUUGGCGCUUAAUGAAGCGUAAACGGUAAUUGACAGCUCAAAGCAAAGCUCUGGAGCUGCAGGUGACCUAAAAUAUUCGACAGUUCGAGGGGCUUUGGAGGCGGAUUCAUUAGAAAUUCGCAGUCAAGCGUGGCGGGCUGUGGCAGGAUGUGUUUGGUUGCCAGGAUGCUAGGAUGGCAGUGCCGGUGCUCAUAUCAUUCCAUGCCAGUUAGCAAACACACAGAGCACAGAGAACAGAGCACACUUGUCUUGUCUGACUACAAUGGAUGCGAGUGGUGGAGCAGGUGGUUCGGGCAUCAACAGUGUCGAAGGUGUCAUAAAUUGGGUUUGUCACCUGUACACCUGCACACACACACACACACACGAGCUCGUUUCUAUUUCUAGUAGGGGAAUGUCCUGUUUUAGCACACACUCUCUCUUUGCCUUUUUCGUUUUAUAUUUGGGUCGAGGGGGUUCUAAAAACCAGCAUCUUUCCAUCUCUGUUGCGCAUUUCCCCAGACAAAAGCUUGGCGAGAAGAGAAAGCUUCGGCGUUCCUGAAGUUCCUGAAGCCAGGACCCAAUGUUUCGGGAAGUGCGCAAGGUCAGUGCAAGCUGGGAAAGGUGAAAGUUGAAUCUCUAGAAUCUCUGCGAUGGCUGCGAUGAGUGCACCUGCAAUCUGCAGCAAAUGAGAGCAAAAGCUCUUUGAUCCCCGAUGCCUGGUGAUAAGAAAGUUGAGAGCGAGUGAGCGGUGAGUGAGCUUUGGCAGGUCCUGCUGGCGAGGAUAUAAAAGGAUGCUGGCUGCUGGCGCACUUUCAGUUGGAUUCCGAGCGAGGCAGCAGCAGCAACAGCAGCAGCAGCACCACCAGCAGCGGCAGUGGUUGUGGUUAAGGCUUGAAAACCAGGAGAGAGUGCCACCGUACCACCGAAGGGAAAUGGACACAGAGCUGGAAAAACUAGCUCAGCCUGGUGUGUGUGUUCAACCCGUCGUGACACAGUAGUAGUAGUGCCAGUGUGUGUGUGUGUGCGUGUGUGUGUGUGUGCAAAGAACAGAGGCUAGUGCGAUGCAGGCCUAGAAGUGGACGAACCAGGACCAAGACCAACGGAAAGCUGGAACGGAACCACUCUGAUUGACCAGGAGCCACCGGGAACAGCCGUCGCACUGGCGUCGUUUUGCGAGCGCGGCUUGAUGCCCGAUUCGAUGAUGGACAUGGAGCAUCGGGACCAUCAGCUGCACCGCCAGCAGCAGCAGCAGCAGCAAUCGCACCGCAUCACGGCCAGUACCAGCACGUUUGCACCGCCAGCACCGCCAUCCACCAGUCAAUCGGAGGAUCGGGACCGCGACAGGGAGAGGGAGAGGGACAGGGACAGGGAUCACCAACAUCUGCAUCAGCAGCAGCAGCAGCACCACCUUCAUCAGUCCAACCAUGUGGCCUCAUCACCACUGCCCGUGAAUGCCUCCAUACAGUUGCAUCAACAGCAGCAGCAGCAGCAGCAACCUCAAAUCCGGGAACGCGAGCAGCAGCAGCAGCAGCUCCACCACCAACAGCAGCAAUUGCAGCCGCAGAUGCAGCAACAGCAACAACAGCAGCAAAUGUUGCAGCAACCACAGCAGCAGAUGCAGCAACAGCAGCAACUGCCCCACAGUCAUCAUGCCUUAAUGCAGCAAUCGCAACAGCAGCAGGCCAUCCAUCGAGCCGAGGCGCAUAGAGAUACACAAGCAAAACAUUCACAUGGAUUUCUCUAUUCGGACGAGGAAAUCAGCGAUAAGGCAUCAACAUGCGGAAAAUUGCUUAUAUUUCUCUCCGUGGCUCUUGUGAUAAUGACGUUACCCUUCAGUCUCUUCGUCUGCUUCAAGGUGGUGCAGGAGUACGAGCGCGCGGUUAUCUUCCGUUUGGGUCGUCUCAUGCAGGGCGGUGCCAAGGGCCCAGGUAUCUUCUUCAUCCUGCCCUGCAUUGACUCCUAUGCCCGCGUGGACUUGCGUACCCGCACCUACGAUGUGCCACCGCAGGAGGUUCUCACAAAGGAUAGCGUUACGGUUUCGGUGGAUGCAGUGGUUUACUAUCGGGUAUCAAAUGCAACGGUCUCUAUCGCGAACGUGGAGAAUGCUCACCAUUCGACCAGGCUACUGGCACAGACUACUCUACGAAACACAAUGGGAACUCGGCAUUUGCAUGAGAUACUCAGCGAGCGUAUGACGAUUUCCGGCACAAUGCAGGUUCAACUCGACGAAGCCACCGAUGCCUGGGGCAUCAAAGUUGAACGUGUUGAAAUCAAGGACGUGCGUCUGCCCGUGCAACUGCAACGUGCCAUGGCCGCCGAGGCAGAAGCCGCCCGAGAAGCCCGCGCCAAAGUCAUUGCCGCCGAAGGAGAACAGAAGGCAUCGAGAGCCCUUCGCGAGGCGUCUGAGGUGAUUGGCGAUUCGCCGGCAGCCCUCCAGCUGCGUUACCUGCAGACGCUCAACACCAUAUCCGCGGAGAAGAACUCGACGAUUGUUUUCCCGCUGCCCAUCGAUUUAAUAACGUAUUUCCUGAAGACCAACGAGGCCUCAACGCAGAAGAACGCUCGAGCGGCAGUGGCAGCAAUUGGCAAUACACCGCCACCAUUGCAGCUGGCACCGCAGCAGCAGCCAUUCCAACAGCAGCAGCAGCAACAACAGUUCCUGCAGGAUCCACAGCAGCAGCAGCAAUACCAGCAGCAGCCGCAGCAGCAGCAACAACAGCUACAGCAGCAGCAACAACCGCCCCAGCAACAACAAGAUCAGCAUUAUCAGCAGGGGCAGCAGAUCUCAUCAGCCAUGUAAAUCAGCUUAAGAUCAGAAAAAAGAUUCGGCCUGGUCGACUCGAAAAUGCCCUGCACAAUUUGAAUAGAAACUGCUGGGGAUAAGCUUAAAGAUUGCAUUUAAUGAUUCCCCAGGGAUCUAACAACAUCGACGUCUCUUCGUAAUAAAUGCUUACCGAAUAUCGAUAAAAUAAAAAUUUGUAGCUGAACAGGCAAGUGUUUUUUAGUCGGCAAUAUUCCAUUUCAUGUUCUAGAAGUAGGUAACUCCAUAAGACCUAAGAAUAUGUGCAUAAUGCAUAUUUUUGAGUUGCCAACUUGUGGAAAAUGAGCUCAAAAUAGGUAUUUAAUAUCAGGAGAAAGAAAUACAUUUAUUUUUCUGGGUUUGACAAAAAAGCAACCUUUAAGCAACACCCCUCAACAAUAUAGUGUCGAUUAUUUGUGCAGAGCAUGAUCAAUUCAAAAACACAAGAACAAACAAACGGAAACAACGAUUCAAGAGAAUCAAAAAACUUAGUUCAUAACACCGAUAAGUGCGAUUCGAAUUCGUUAGCCGGCAGCAGAUCCUUUGAAAAACUGAGGAUCUGUGGUCAAAUAGUUACGAAAAUACAAACCUAGAAUAGUUUCAUACGAGGCGAAAGAUAGAGUUUAAUAUUUGUAGCUUUACGACCAGAGGAUGCAAUUCUAAAUAUUAAAUGUAGGACUUAGCGGUGCAAUUCAAGAUUACCACACAAAAUUUAGAUCAAAUCAAAUUACUUAUUGUCAGCAAAUACAAAAUUCGAAAUCCCCCCAUAAAAUCUGUACUCGCUUAGGUGAAAAUUCUAAAACCAACCAGUUUUGAACGUCUCAAAUUGUGAAAUUUUAAAUAGUCAAAAAUGGUUGGUUUGGUUUUGUCUUUUCACACCACAAACUAAGAUAUCUGCAGAUUAUUGCUCUUUUUUUGUUGUAUGGUUCUACCAAGGUCCGUUUUUUUAAGGAUAGUUAUUCAGAAAACUAGUAUCUGGUUACUUUUGUAACCAGUUUUUGAAAGUAUUUCAAUAACAAAAUAUUAAACGAUAUUAAAUUACACUAUCCUUAAUUAAUUUUUGUUUAUUAUAUUAAAUUAGUUAAAUAUUCAUACGAAAGCGUAACUUCGUAUUUUUCUCGAUGACAUUCACUGCAUUAAGAAAACGGGCCUUUGUCGAACAAAAAUAUAUCUCAUAGAACCGUUGACGAAGUCGUUUUGUAAAUGUUUAUUAGUAAGCUGUUUGACCUGUUAAUUAUGGACGAUUCUAAUGACUUAUGCUGUAUACUAGCUAUGCAAAUUAACGUUUAAGACAUGAUUCAGAUUAGCCCGCAUAUACUAGAGUUAAUGUUGUCCACAAACCAAUUACAACUUUAUAGGACUUUAAUGACUCUAGAUAUGAACAGUUGUACUUAUAUGGUACACCCCAUAUUCCUACAACUAGUACAACUGUUAAUCUGUUUCAACUGGAGUAAAUCCGUGAAACUAGUCGAUUUAUUUGAUAAUUGUGGGUUUAGAAAGAUGUUCAAAAGACUAGUAUCGUCUUUUAAAAGAUCACUAAACUCACAUGCACAAAUCAAAUCUACUAGUCAGUAACGUUCGUAGGUCCAAAGUACGAAUGCCAAACAAUAAAUAAGAGUAAUACGAAUUUAUUGUACAUACAAUAAAUAAGUAGGUACAGAACUGUUUUACCCAUUGAACUUUGACACCAAUUAAUAUUGGAUAUUCGUAUAGGAUAACACACCACACCACACACCACACACACAAAAACACAAGCAAAGGAAGUAUAUAGAAGUAUUGUCUCUCUCUCACGAAGUAGCAAGUGGCUACUUAAAUACGUCGACUUGUAUGUCUAAAUGUCAGUAGAUGUCGAAGUAUAACAAAUAAAACUAAACUAAAGUGCAUUUGCAACACAGAAACGUUUACUUUUUAGCGCACUUCAUGGAUUACAAAAAAAGAGUUAUUGAAUUAAUUAUAUAUACAUAUACAAGCAUUACGAAUUACAUAUUAUGUACAAUUUUGCCUUUGAAAAAUUUUUAAACGGAAACGAUUUCAUUAUUCACAUACGAUUAGAUAUAUGUGUAAAGGAACAAUAAAAUUUCUUCAACUUUUUUGGUAUCCAAAAGAGCAAAAACAAAAA